AUGUCGAAUGAUCCUAGCUUUGGUCUUCAAAGUGGAAUUUCUGAGCAAGCUCAGCAGAUGUUGGCAAACUUUUGGCCAGGUGUUAUUGAUAAUAUCAAAAAUUUGAACACUAAUGAAUACAAAAGUCAAGAACUUCCUCUGGCAAGAAUAAAGAAGAUAAUGAAGUUGGAUGAAGAUGUAAAGAUGAUCAGUGCAGAAGCUCCUGUUUUGUUUGCCAAAGCUGCAGAAAUUUUUAUCCGUGAGUUGUCCUUGAGGGCGUGGAUUCACACAGAGGACAAUAAACGUAGAACUUUACAGCGGAAUGAUAUUGCAAUGGCAAUCUCCAAAUUUGACCAGUUUGAUUUCCUGAUUGAUAUUGUGCCUAGAGAGGAAUUGAAGCCCAACAAGCGUCAG